AUGGGUAUCAACAGUUUAGACAAUCUCAAGAUACCCUCUCAAGAUCAGCCUGCUAGCGGCGAAGGGCCUGAAGUGUAUUGUCCUGGUGGUUUCCAUCCUGUUUAUUUGGGAGAAGUGUAUAAUGGAGAAUAUGAAGUACUAAGAAAAAUUGGUUCCGGAGGGUAUUCCACUGUAUGGCUUGUCCGAAAUAGAGAAGGAAAUUUUAGAGCGUUAAAGGUUUUGAGUGCUGAUUGUUAUGGGGGGUCAAAGAAUAUAUUUGAGCGCGAGAUACUUGAGCAUCUACGAGAUGCUGACCCUUCACACCUUGGAUAUCCUUACAUUUCGACAUUGGUUGAUUCGUUUGAACAUAAUGGCCCUAACGGAAAUCAUGUCUGCCUUGUCUUUAUGGUGAUGGGCGAGACACUUCGAAGCUUUGGAACUUGGUUUGAAGAUCAUGCGCUCCCUAAUGAGAUUAUGCGCCGUUUCACAAUUCAACUUCUUCUGGCAUUAGAUUAUGCUCAUGAACAUGGUGUCAUUCACACUGACAUCAAACCAGAUAAUAUCUUUGUCCAAAUACCGGAUGACUCAUUAAUUUCAGAGUUAUAUUUGCCAAACAACCCGGCCGACCCAGCUGCCUUUGACCCGUCAACUGACCCUUCUAGCAUUCAAAUCCAGCCUCUGAAGUGGGAUUACUUCCGGCCCGGAACAAAGAUCCGAGAGUUUAAAAUUGCGUUGGGCGACUGGGGUGUUGCGAGCUGGACUAAUUCUCACCUUACAGAGCUCAUCCAGCCUGUAGCUCUUCGUGCUCCAGAAGUACUAAUAAACGCCCCUUGGGGCCCAACCACGGAUCUUUGGAACCUUGGGGCUGUUGUAUUAGAAGUAUUUCGCGCUGUUCGAAUGUUUAGCGGGAGAGGCCCACCGGAUGGCCAUUAUCAAGUCCGGUAUCAUCUUCAAGAAAUUGUAGAUUUCUUCGGACCAUUUCCAAAAUCACUUCUGGAAAAAGGCGAUCAAGAGCUUGUUCAAAAGUAUUUUGAUAGCGAAGGGAGAAUUAAAGAUUCGCCAUCACUUGAGCGCCCAGCUUUGGAGUCGGAAUUCUUUCUCGGAAAGUUGCAUGAAGAAGAUAAAAAAGAAUUUGUCAUGUUCCUACGGUCACUAAUGAGAAUUGAUCCCGAAGAGCGGAAAACGACGAAGGAGUUGCUUGCUGAGCCGUGGCUUGGGGCAAUCCAACCAAAGGCUUAG